AUCAUACUUUUUUCCAUUUACCUUUCCAUUUUCUCACUUUUUAAUCCCACGUAACAAAGCUUAAAAGUCAAUCCAAUUUUACCUUUUCCUUUGUUUUGGAUCAAACCCAUUGUGUUCUUAAACCUCUGAUAGCUGAUGAAAGGGGAGAAGUAAAAACCAUUGAAAGAAAAAGAAGAGAGAAAAUAACAAAUAAAGAAAUGCAUUACUGGGUUCGAGCUUCUGCUUCUGAUUUAUCGGGAACUCUUCCCCAGCCUCGGAGUGGUCACACCGCUGUUCCUAUCGGAAAAUCCAAAGUUGUCGUGUUUGGUGGCCUUCUCGACAAGAAAUUCCUUAGUGACAUAGCUGUUUAUGACAUUGAGAACAAACUAUGGUUUCAGCCAGAGUGUACCGGAAAUGGAUCAGAUGGACAAGCUGGCCCCAGCCCACGAGCAUUUCAUGUUGCUGUUGCAAUUGAUUGUCAUAUGUUCAUCUUUGGUGGGCGUUCUGGUACCAGAAGGUUAGGUGACUUUUGGGUCCUAGACACCGAUAUAUGGCAAUGGUCAGAGUUAACAAGUUUUGGUGACCUGCCUUCUCCACGGGAUUUCUCUGCUGCUUCAGCUAUUGGAAAUCGAAAAAUUGUUAUGUAUGGUGGUUGGGAUGGUAAAAAGUGGUUGUCAGAUGUCUAUGUCUUGGACACAAUAUCACUUGAGUGGACGGAGCUGUCAGUUAUUGGAUCACUGCCACCACCUAGAUGUGGCCACACAGCUACUAUGGUUGAGAAACGGUUGCUUGUCUUCGGUGGCAGAGGUGGUGGUGGGCCAAUCAUGAGUGAUUUAUGGGCUUUGAAGGGCCUGAUUGAAGAAGAGAAUGAAACACCUGGAUGGACCCAAUUGAAGCUUCCAGGUCAAGCGCCUUCUCCACGUUGUGGACAUACUGUCACAUCUGGAGGGCACUAUCUCUUGUUAUUUGGAGGACAUGGAACUGGUGGUUGGUUGAGUCGUUAUGAUAUUUAUUAUAAUGACUGUAUUGUUUUGGACAGAUUGUCUGCACAGUGGAAGCGCCUACCCGUUGGAAAUGAAUCCCCUGCUGCUCGAGCAUACCAUUCACUGACUCAUAUAGGUUCUCGAUAUCUGUUAUUUGGUGGCUUUGAUGGCAAAUUAACUUAUGGGGAUAUAUGGUGGCUGGUUCCUGAAGAGGACCCAAUUGCAAAGCGGUUUAUCCAGUCCCCUCCAAAAAAUCUUCCUGAUAAUAAGAGAAUGGCAGCCGAAAAUGUUAACGUCCAGUCAGUUUUCAAGUUGGACUUGAUCUCUUGGCCUUUUCCUCAACUUGUUGAAGAUUCAGUUGUAAAAAUCUUAUCUUUGAAGGAAAGCGAAAGAGAAAACAGUGCCAUCACAGAAUUGCAAAGAAGGCUAGGAAUUUCAGUUUUACUCUCUGGUCCUGGGCUUCAGAUUAUAGAUGAGUCUGAAGACAAAGAAUUCAUUGAACUAGGAUCAAGGUUGAUUGGUGAAAGAGUUUCUAAUAAUGAACAGGAUUUGCUCAUUCAGACUAUUGAGAUGCUCCGUGAUCAUUGGCGGAAAUCUGCACCAAGCUCAAUACCGCUGAAGGAGCUUGGACCUUUGCUUCGUGAUUAUCAACGGCUGAUUACACGUCACCAUCUAGCAAAUAGUGGAUCUGAUUUUCAGUCCAUGGAGUCAUGGUUAUCAGGAAAAGAAGCUUACAAGUUUUAUCACUUGAAAAAUGUUUCUCAGCUACGAAUGGAUGAUAUUCCAAAACUGCUAGCAGAAUACAAAAAGAUUCUACCUGAGCAGAGCACCUCUGGCCAAAUAACAGGACUAGAAGAACACCCUUUGUGAUUUUUGUGAGAAAUGGAAUUAAAAGUUCGGUAUGAUGCUUUUCUUUUUCUCUUUCAUCACUAGAAAAAUUUCAGGGUUUUGUUAUGCCUGUUACUGGCUUUUAGCCUUAUCAGUUUUUCAUGCAAAGCUAGUUCAAAUAAUAUGCUUAUCCGUUCUGAAGACCUAGAAAACCUUUAUAUAUAUCUAUACACUACAGACCAUGCUUGUUGGUUUUGUCUGUAAGCUGUUAACUAUGUGUAAUAUUGUGUCAUUUACAACCUAUUACAGUUAUAGAUUUUUGUUAGAGUGAGUUGUACUUGAAUUCUUGUGAUGAAUGCACUUCUUCCUCUUCCUUCAAACUUUAUAUCUAGCAUGGAAUUUCAUGGUAUACCGUAGGCCUCAAUCUUGAUACCACUGGAACCGCCUGAUGUAUCUGUAAUGGUGAAAUUAUAUGGCAACCGAUGAAUUAGGGUUUCAAGUACUGAGAUCCUUGACUUUCAGUCUGGUGAAAUUGCUUAAUUUUAUGUUUCAAUCUGAGGUUGUUUAAUUUUGUGUUAAUGUGGCAAUAUAAACAUGCACAGUAAUCAUAAGCCUUUCUGCAAAUAAUAUUUGAGAUGUUCAAAAAUGAAAAUGCCUGUAUUAAUUUGGUCAUGUCAUUGCCACUUUACUCAAAUAAGGGAAUGACCAUUUGACUAUAGUUAUAUCAGGACAAUAGUGUUUAGAAGGUGAAGUGCUGAUAAUUGUGUCUAAUCCAGGAGCCUAAUGCAGUAUGUUCAAAACUUACUGAGCUGCCUUGAUUAUUUGCCAUAAACCAAGAGUUCUGGUUCCCGUUGAACUUAUGGACUUAAUAGUUUUAGCAUUAGACUUUGACAAUUUGUGCAUACUAUUCGUUUUUAUUUCAUAAUAAAUACGUGUUAAAUAUGAAAAU